AUGGGGAACCAGACAGAGGUCUACGAGUUCAUUCUCUUGGGUAUAGCAAAUGACCACAGACAGCAACACAUGCUUUUCACAGUCUUCCUGCUGCUCUAUGUGGCCUGCUUGCUAGGAAAUGGGGCCAUUUUGGCAGUAGUCCUGGUUGAGCAACGCCUUCACACCCCCAUGUAUUUUUUCCUUGGAAAUCUCUCUUGCCUUGAUAUAUGUUGCUCCACAGUUACUGUACCCAAAAUGCUGAAUGGCUUCCUAAAGAGGCACAACACUAUCUCCUUUAUUGGUUGCCUGACUCAACUGCACUUCUUCCACUUCCUGGGCAGCAGUGAAGGCAUGCUUCUGGGAGUCAUGGCAUAUGACCGCUAUGUGGCCAUAUGCAACCCUCUGCGUUACACCAUCAUCAUGAAUAAAUGGGCUUGCCUUGCACUAGCUGUAGCUACCUGGGCCGCAGGCUUCUUUCAUGCCCUAAUGCACACAGUAGUCACUUCCCGGCUGUGGUUCUGUGGCCCCAAUCUUAUCCAGCACUUUUUCUGUGACAUCAAGCCCCUGCUAGAAUUGGCUUGCAGUAGCACGGCCCUCAACAUGACCCUCCUCAAUGUUGUCACAAGUUGCAUUGCUCUAGGUUCCUUCUUUCUCACUCUCCUUUCUUAUCUCUAUAUCAUCUCCUUCCUCUUCUUCAAAGUCCAGUCAUGGCAGAGCCGUUGGAAGGCCUUCUCAACCUGUGCUUCUCACCUAACGGUGGUAGCACUUUUGUAUGUUCCAGUUAUUUUCAACUACAUGCUUGCCUCUACUGGUGAAUCUUCUGAAAGGGAAAUGAGCAUCACUCUGUUGUACAGUGUGGUCACACCUGUUUUAAACCCCUUGAUCUACACUUUGAGGAAUCAAGAGGUAAAAUCUGCUCUGAGGAAAAUAUUAUGCAGAAGAAUUAUCUUUCAAACAUAG